CAACACUUACGAGUUGUUUACAUCCUAGAAACGAAAUGGUGUUGUAGUGAUUGUUGGCUUAAAUUAAAAUGCAUAAAUAAUUGGAUUUGAUUUCAUUUCAUUUCGAAGAUAUGAAAACAUGAAACUGAAAGAUAUGGAAAAUGAAAUGGAAGUCGAAAACAACAAAGAAAGUCCAAAAAUGGACAAUAUAGAAAAUGAGAAAAUUAAAAACAUUUUAAAUUGCGUUGCCAAUAGUGAUGGGUUUUUUAAAAGCCAGCAGAGAGGAGAAGAAGAUUUAAACUUUAAUCAAAAAAAAGAAAUUGCUAAAGAGAUUCUAGAAAAAAAUAUUCCUCUUUUUCUUAGAAGAUAUGGCAAAUAUAUCCAUUAUGAAGAUUUGGAAUAUUUUGAACCUUAUAGAACUGACUAUGAAGUGAAUUUCUACGUAAUGGAAAUUGAAAAGAUGCAUUCGGGAAAAAGAAAAUCGGUUAAAGUAAAAAAUCGCCGUUAUGAAGCUCUUCAGAGACUGAUCAAACAGGGCACUUAUUUUAGUGAAUCAGAAAUGCGAAAACGUAAUCCUGUACUUUACGAACAGAUGGUUGGUAGAUUCUUGACAGAUGAAGAAAGAAAACAGACAGAAAAAUUUGAUGAAAACAUUAAAUUUUCUACAUUAUUGCUUGAGCAUUUGGACAGAAGUGAUGGCUGUAGUGUAAGAAGACAAGAACAAGAAUUUGAAUGUGCACAGUGGGAAGAAGAAAGUGAAAGUGAUGAUGAAUUAGAUUGUGAAGAAAAAUCUAAAAUAAAUGAAGAAGACAAGCAGUUCUUCCGCAAUGAAUUUGUGUCAGUGAUGUAUGAACGUUUCUUAUCCGGUAAAGAUAAAGACUUUGAUUAUAAUAAUGUGGACGACAAUGCUGAUUACGACGACAUCACAAUCUGCGACAUGGACGAAGAGGAAAAAUAUUUCGAUUCGGAAGAACCAGAGCAGUUAAAUUCUUAACAUAAAAUGCGUCCGUCAUGAAAUUUUAAAGUAAGGAUCGAGAUUAUUUGCAAGUAUUGUAAUGUUUAUAAUCAAAUCACACGAUAUACAAUAAAAUCCUUUUAAGAAUUAAAUAAACGAGAUAAUAUAUCCUUAA